UCAUAAAUCAUAAAACCAAAACAAAACCCAGCACCUCAAUCAUCCCUUUGGGAUGCCCCACAGCCAACUCCAGUCAUCCCCACCCUACCCCAGGCCCUCGGUAAAAAGCCAGGUCUUGAUGGCCUUCCGGAAGAUUUAAAAGGGGGGAGGCUUGCUGGAUCACUGUGGGGAGGGUGUUCCAUAAGGUAGGGCCAGCCAUGGAAAAAGCAUGUUUUUGAGGUCCCACUAGAUGGUAAGAUUUCAGGGAAGGGACCUGGAGUGUGCUUACCCUAUCUGAACUGGCAGGGCAGGCAAUAGUCUCGGGGAGUAGCAGUCCCCAAACAGCUGGAGGGUGUAGAUUGAGGAAAGUGGAUAUACCUCAAAGAAGAAACUGUUUCAUGGACUGGCAGACAGCCACCCAUUCUCCUCUGCUUCUAGCCCCACACAAGUACUACAUCGGUUUCCGCUACGUCCAUCCUCUGACGGAAAAAGCAGUGGAAGAGAUGGAAAAAGAUGGUGUUGAAAGAGCCAUUGCUUUUACCCAGUAUCCACAGUAUAGCUGCUCCACCACCGGAAGCAGCCUGAAUGCAAUUUAUCGCUACUAUCACCAAAAAGGGGAAAAGCCAAAGAUGAAAUGGAGUACAAUUGACCGGUGGCCAACUCAUCCCCUCCUGAUUCAGUGUUUUGCAGAUCACAUAAAGAAGGAACUAGACUUAUUUCCACCGGAUAAGAGAAAAGACGUGGUGAUCCUUUUCUCUGCUCAUUCUCUACCAAUGUCAGUAGUUAAUCGUGGUGAUCCAUAUCCACAAGAAGUGGGAGCUACAGUUCAAAAGGUGAUGGAGAAACUUGGCUAUUGUAAUCCAUAUAGGCUUGUGUGGCAGUCCAAGGUUGGCCCGAUGCCCUGGCUGGGUCCUCAGACAGAUGAGACUAUUAAGGGACUUUGCCAAAGGGGGAAGAAGAACAUUUUGUUAGUUCCAAUUGCAUUCACCAGUGACCACAUUGAAACACUCUACGAGCUUGAUAUUGAAUAUGCGCAGGUCUUAGCCAAUGAGUGUGGAGUUGAAAAUAUCAGAAGAGCAGAAUCCUUGAAUGGAAAUCCAUUGUUCGCCAAGGCCCUGGCAGAUUUGGUCUGCUCACACCUCCAGUCGAACGAAGUAUGCUCCAAACAGUUAACGCUCAGUUGCCCGCUUUGUGUGAAUCCCACCUGCCGAAAGACCAAAUCAUUCUUCACUAGCCAGACACUGUGAAAAUGUACCCUGGCAGAUGCAUCGUGUCAUUGGCUGGAGUAGACAACACAGAUUCUGUGAAAUGGGCCCAUUUAUUCUGCCUUCUUUUGCUCCUCCCAAGUCUGCGUUUUGGUGUCCUGCAUGAAGUGAGUCCCAAGUGGGAUUUGCAUAGGGGUGAAAGAGAUACAGUGGAGAUCUUUUUCCACUGUUUGAUUUCUCUUGAGGGAUUUUGCAUUAGAAAGGGACACCACAUUAAGGGCCUUGUCCUCUGAGUUGCUGAAAACCCUCAUCUUAUAAAAUUAAACAGGA